GAGAAGCUAUGCUAUGUUGCCCUGGACUUCGAGCAGGAAAUGGCCAGUGCUGCAUCCUCCUCCUCCUUGGAGAAGACCUAUGAGCUACGGGACGGACGGGUGAUCACCAUCAGCAGCGAGCGAUUCCGGUGUCCAGAGGCACCCUUCCACCCCUCCUUCCUGGGUAUGGAGUCCAGCGGCAUCCCUGAGACCACCUUCAACGCCAUCAUGAAGUGUGACAUGGACAUCUGCAAGGACCUGUAUGCCAACACAGUGCUGUCUGGCGGCACCACCGUGUACCCAGGGAUUGCUGACAGUAUGCAGAAGGAGAUCACUGCCCUAACAACCAGCACAAUGAAGAUCAAGAUCAUUGCUCCCCGUGAGCACAAGUACUCAGUUUGGAUUGGCAGCUCUAUCCUG